UCAUGUGACAGUUUCCUUUAUAAAUAUAAACCAGGAAAACACCGUCACAGUGGAUCAACACACAGCAGCGAUGAAUCCGACUAAUCAAGUCCUGAUGCUGGGGAGCCUGCUGCUCGUCUCCCUGUGUGCCGGAGCUCGAGCUGCGUUUGACAGCCAGCUGGACGUCCACUGGGAGCUGUGGAAGAAGACGCACGAGAAGACGUACCAGAAUGAGGUGGAGGAUGUGCGCCGCAGGGAAUUGUGGGAGAAGAACCUGAUGAUGAUCGCCAUGCACAACCUGGAGGCCUCGAUGGGGCUCCACACCUACGAGCUCAGCAUGAACCACAUGGGAGACCUGACCACAGAGGAGAUCCUGCAGUCCUACGCCACACUCAGUCCUCCCACCGACAUCCAGAGGGCACCAUCUGCCUUCGCAGGGAUGACAGGCGCCGCUGCACCAGCCACCGUGGACUGGAGAGACAAGAACUGUGUCACCAAAGUGAAGAUGCAGGGUGCUUGUGGCUCCUGCUGGGCCUUCAGUGCUGCAGGGGCCCUGGAGGGCCAGUGGGCCAAGAAAACAGGGAAGCUGGUGGACCUCAGCCCCCAAAACCUGGUGGACUGUUCAGGCAAAUACGGCAACCACGGCUGCAACGGCGGCUUCAUGCACAAAGCGUUCGAGUACGUCAAAGACAACCAGGGCAUCGACUCGGACGCCUCGUACCCGUACACAGGACAGUCACAACAGUGCCGCUACAACCCCAGCUACCGCGCCGCCAACUGCACCGGGUACAGCUUCCUGCCUGAAGGGGACGAGGGGGCCAUGAAGGAGGCGCUCGCCACCAUUGGACCCAUUUCAGUGGCGAUUGACGCCACGAGACCAAGAUUUGCCUUCUACAGGAGCGGAGUGUACGACGAUCCGAGCUGCACCCAGAAAGUGAACCACGGUGUGUUGGCUGUGGGCUACGGCACACUGAACGGACAAGACUACUGGCUGGUCAAGAACAGCUGGGGAGUUAAGUUUGGAGACCAGGGCUACAUCCGGAUGGCGCGCAACAAGGCCGACCAGUGUGGCAUCGCUCUGUACGGCUGCUACCCCACCAUGUAGCUGCACAGGGAAUGUGUUGUAAAAUUAAGUUCCUUUUUAUAGUAGAAUGUUUUUAGUUUAAUUUACAUUGAUUUUAACAUUUUUCUACAUAUCUUGUUUUAGAACAAAAUCCAAAAAUGACAAGUCUUUAAAUACUACAGUUUAGUUGAAGUAGUCUCAACUAUGUUUGUUUGUGUCCGACUGUAUAUGUAUAUAUGUGUGUGUGUGUGUGUGUGUGUGUGUUUGAGUGUGUAAUAAAGAGAUGGACACUCUGUAAUCUCGG